AUGGCUUCAGUUGACAAAAUUCUUGCCACAAAAUACCCGGCCAAAGCUCACGCUCGUCGUGUGGCCGAGCUCCUCCAGGCUCGACAUGGCGAGGCCGGGGUUCUCUACCUGGAGGCGCAAAAAACUCGGUUCAUCGAGGACAAUGACGAGACCAUGCCAUUCAGGCAACGUCGCCCGUUCUUCUACUUGACGGGGUGUCUUCUACCCGAUGCGUCCGUGGCCUACGACGUCAAAGCAGACCAGUUGACCUUGUUCAUUCCUCCUAUUGAUGCGGACUCGGUUAUCUGGUCCGGCUUGCCUAUGUCACCGGAGGAGGCUGCAAAGCUUUACGAUGUUGAUCGUGUUCUCUAUACCACUGAUGUCAAUGCUACUCUGGCCGCCAUUGCGUCCAACCAGGGCGGUAAAGCGCCUAUCUUCGCCAUUUCGGAACAGGUGUCGGAGGAUGUCAAGCUUCAGGGAUUCUCUGCAGCAAAUCUCUCUAUCUUGAAGGAUGUCAUUGGGGACGCCCGGGUGGUGAAGGAUGCAUACGAGGUGGCCCUGCUGAGAAGGGCCAACGAGAUUUCCGCCAAGGGCCAUAUUGCUGUCAUCAAGGCGUCCCAGGCUGCGACCAACGAGCGCGAGCUGGAGGGCGUCUUCAUCAGCACCUGUAUUGCCAAUGGAUGUCGGGAACAGUCCUACCACCCCAUCUUUGCCGGCGGCGAAGGUGGCGCGACUCUACACUAUGUCAGCAAUGAUAAGUCCCUCAUCGAUCCAGUAACCCAGCAGCGGAAAAAUAACAUUCUUGUUGAUGCGGGUGGUGAAUACCAGACUUACUGUGCUGAUAUCACCCGCGUGAUUCCCUUGAACGGCAAGUUCACCCCAGAGACCCGGCAGAUCUAUGAGAUUGUCCUUCAAAUGCAGGAUGAGUGCAUUGCUGUGUUGAAGGACGGGGUCAAAUGGGAUGAUGUGCACGCGUUGGCGCAUCGCAUCGCAAUCAAGGGCUUGCUGAAGCUUGGAAUUCUGCGCGGCUCCGAAGAUGAGCUGUUUGAGAAGCGGAUCAGCGUGGCCUUCUUCCCGCACGGCUUAGGCCAUUACCUGGGAAUGGAUACCCAUGACACAGGUGGCAAUCCCAACUACGAAGACGAGGACAAGAUGUUCCGGUAUUUGCGUGUGCGUGGCAACCUGCCAGCAGGGUCUGUCAUCACCGUUGAGCCUGGUAUCUAUUUCUGUCGAUUCAUCAUCAAUCCGAUCUUGGAAUCCUCCGAACUGGGUAAAUAUAUUGAUGCGAGUGUUUUGGAACGAUACUGGGCCGUGGGAGGUGUGCGCAUCGAGGAUAAUGUCCACAUCACCAAGGACGGCUCCGAUAAUCUGACAUCCGCACCAAAGGCUCUUGUCGAUGUGGAGAGCCUGGCCCAAUAA